UCAAAAUAUGUCUUAAGUUAUUACACUUGUCAAUGAAAAACAUGUUUAUAAAACACGUGCGAUUUUAAAUAAAAAUUGUGAAUUGCGUCGUAGAAAUUUGGUGCGUGUUCGAUAAAAACUUCGUUAACUACUAAACCAUGACCAGGUUUGCUAGGGCAAAGGGCUCUAAAGCCUCUAACCUAAAAUCUCCAGAAGAUAGUACACCAUGGGAGGUAAUGAAAGAGCAAAUGUUAAAAUCAAAAAAAGAAAAUGAAGAAAGUAAAAAUCGCGAAGAGGCUGAAAAACAAAGAAUUGACAAUUACAAUAACUUUCUGAAAGAACAUAAAACUCAGAAAAGGAAGGCUACAUGGUGUGAGUUUCCUGAAGCGCAAACCAGCAAUAAAAUAAACUCAAACACAAAUCAAGCUGAAAGUCAUACCAAAAAGAAGAAGAAAGUAUUAAAUAAUCAAAAUCCUGCCUCUCAGGAGAAUAAACAAAAUGGUGUAAAUGGUGACGACGAACAAAAUAUUAAUAAAUCUUAUAAGAAGAAAAACAAGAAGAAAUCAAAUAAUGUUGAAUCAAUACCUUUAAAAAUAAAUGAUCAAGCAGAAGAUGAUAAUGUUUCAACUAAACAAAAUGAAGAUACAUCAAAUAUAUCUCAACAAACACCAAGGAAGAAUAAAACAAAGAAAAAUAACAAUAAAAAGCAGUUGACUGAAUUAAAUACAGAAACUGUUAUCCCUAAAAACAACUCUGAGAAAGAAGUAAUACAAUCAGAACAUGAUAAUAGUCAAAAGAUAAAUAAUAAAAAAAAAAAUAAGAACAAGAAACAAACAUUAUUAGAAGCAAAUGCAAAUGUAAAUUCAGACAAUAUAGUAAAAGAAACGCAACAAAAAGUGAGCAAUGCUGGUCAACCUUCAAAGAAAAAAAAAGAUAAGAAAGGUCGCAAGAAACCUAUAAAUGAUAACAGCUUUCAACUUAUUAUAAACACCAAAGAAGUACAAUUAAUAAGAUAUGAUGGAUUCCCCAUUAUGAAAAAAGAUGCUGAAAGACUGGAGCAAUUAAAGAAGAGUAUGAUACAGAAAGGUAUCCCAAAAAGUGAGGUACAGAGGACCAUGAAAUUGGAGAGGCGAAGGGCAGAGAAAGCUCUUGCACGAUUGAAAAGAGAAGUGUGCUAUAAUUGUAGGAAGGGAGGCCACAAUUUGUCUGAUUGUCCUGACCUGAAGUCUAAUAUACCUGGUGCAGGUGCAGCUGAUGGUGUAUGCUUUAAAUGUGGCUCCACAGAGCAUAGACAGUUUGAAUGUAAAGUGCAGAAGGGGGAUAAGGAGUUCAGAUUUGCUACUUGUUUCAUUUGUAAGGAAGCUGGCCACAUAGCCAGGCAAUGUCCAGAUAAUCCAAAAGGUCUGUAUCCAAACGGAGGAAACUGUAAACUUUGUGGAGAUGUUACACACUUGAGAAAGGAUUGUCCAACGGUGAAAGACCAAAAGGAAGGAACUUCCAUCAAACUACAGACUUUGAACGACGAUAAUAUUGAAGGUAUCAGUCAAAGUGUUAAGCAGAUAUCUGAGGAGCCAGUGACUAAGAAACCGAAAAAGAUAACGUUCUAAUUUAAAAUAAAAAUAAAUAAAAUGUAAAAUAAUGUAUAA